AUGCCUUGCGAUUCCAAUCCCCAUCCCAGUCCUCCACCCGCAGCCACAAUCACACCUGGAAAUGCCACUAUUUCAUCCAAUGCAUCCACCUCGGAGUUAACGAAACCUACCCUUUUCCCAUUACACGAUGCUAAGCAGGCCGGGCCGCAGACUGACCAUGUUGCCAAAGGCUUGACAAGCCCUCCCUCCGUCGUGCCCGAAUAUAACAACAAUAACAGCACCAACACCAACAAGUCAGUCAGUCACCGGAAAAACGCCCUCUCAAUAGAGUCCGUUCCUCGACAGACCAUUAUCAAGGCUUUGGCAUCUGCUGCUCGCAGUCGAAACAACAGGCCUGAGGCCCUUUCGUUGAACAGCAUGCUGUCCCCCCCAUCCGCCGCUGACAGGCGGCCGUCCACAUCGUCGUCUUCGUCUCAGAAGCUCGCUGAUGCACUGAACGAGCUCGCCCUCCAGACCUCUACUCCAAACACUGCCCUUCCGGCUCUGCAGUCGCCUUGCUUCUACCAUAACCGCUUCGAUGAUGCAGUAGACAUCAACAGGGUGCUCGAAGAGAUCAAGAAUGACGAUUGGAUGUCUCACUCUCGCCUCGUUCAAACCGCUACCGGUGUUCGAGAAGUUUCCAAGCAGCUGCAGCGCAGACCCAUACGGCGGGCAGUCCGAAACGUCAUGAUCGUCACAAAGGCCCGAGACAACGAACUUGUAUAUUUGACCAGGGAACUGGCUGUGUGGCUAAUGAGAACGCCUCGCUACGGCUCGGAUAUCGGCGUCAACGUCUACGUUGACGCCAAAUUGCGCCACUCGAAACGAUUUGGCGCCGCUAGCAUCAUUGACGAGGACCCGCGCUUUCCAUCGAUGCUUCAUUACUGGUCUCCUGAUCUUUGCUGGAGCCAGCCAGAGAAGUUUGAUCUUGUCUGCACGCUUGGCGGUGAUGGCACGGUGUUGUUCACUUCUUGGCUGUUUCAGAGGGUUGUUCCUCCUGUCAUAUCCUUUAGUCUGGGCAGCCUGGGCUUCCUAACCGGCUUUGAGUUCGAGAAGUAUAAGCAGCACCUCAAUCGAAUCAUGGGCGAUGAAGGUAUGCGUGUCAAUUUGCGCAUGCGAUUUACCUGCACUGUAUAUCGCAAUGGCACAUCAGGAGAAGAACCGGAGGAGGGCGAGCAAUUCGAAGUACUCAACGAGCUGGUCAUUGACCGUGGCCCGUCCCCAUAUGUUUCCAACUUAGAACUGUACGGAGAUAACGAGCUCUUAACUGUGGUUCAGGCCGACGGCUGUAUUUUCUCGACCCCAACAGGUUCAACGGCCUACUCCCUAUCUGCCGGGGGUGCACUCGUUCAUCCAGAUAUCCCCGCUAUCCUCCUUACACCUAUAUGUCCGCAUACAUUAUCAUUUCGACCUAUGGUGCUCAGCGACACCAUGCUUCUCCGUGUAUCUGUUCCACGUAAUUCACGGGCUACAGCAUAUUGUGCAUUUGACGGCAAGGGACGGGUAGAGCUGAGGCAAGGAGAUCACGUAACCAUCACGGCCUCACAGUAUCCAUUCCCUACCGUCAUGUCCACAAAUACGGAGUGGUUUGACAGUGUAUCAAGAACGCUGCAGUGGAACACAAGAGCGGCUACGCAGAAGGGUUUUGAGAGCAAGUCGGGUAGCCAGGCCGCGUCGGUCGAUGGCGAUGAGCCCGAAUGGGAUAUUGAUACAGAUUCAGGUUAUUAUGCUAGCGAGGAUGGCAGCAUUGCUGCGAGCCCACUCCGGCGGCAAAUGAGUCUGUUGGGCAUGUAG